GCCCACGGCCCACGCCACGCGCUUCCGGCUUCCCCAGACGCGCAUUUUGCCCGGAUCGCUCGCUUCCGCCGCCGCCGCCGCGAUGGAGAAGGAGAAGAAGCUCUCGUUCUCCAUCUCCUCGAAGCAGCGGCCGCCCAAGCCUCCCUCGCGCCCCGCGGCAGCCGCCGCGGACGACGAUGACGCUGUCCCCCGCUCCGCGUCCGCGCCGGCCCAGCAGUUCGUCACAGAGUUCGACCCAUCCCAAACCCUAGCCUCCUCCGGCGCGCCGCGCGCUGUCAUCGCGCCGCUCCCCAACUCCGGCAACUUCCUCACCCACCGCCCCCGCAAGCCAUCCUCGCUUCCCACCCCCGAGGAGGAGGCCGCCCUCGCAGCGGAAUCCGGCGGCGGCGGGCCCUCGUUCGUCCUCGACACCUCCAACGCCCCCGACGACCCGUCAUCCAAUAUCCCCUACGGCCUCACCCUCCGCAACGGUGCCACCGAGGCCGCCGCUGUCAAGGAACCGGAGAAGGCGCUGCCACCGCCACCGCCUCCAGCUCCUCCGGCCGCCGCUGAUGCUGCGCCGGCCGGGGACCUCAUGUUGCGGCGGUACAAGGAGGACAUGGCUAGCCUUCCAGAUCACCGUGGCAUUGACGAGUUCAACGAGAUUCCCGUGGAGGGAUUCGGCGCGGCGCUCCUGGCUGGAUAUGGCUGGAAAGAGGGUAAGGGUAUUGGUAGGAACAAUAAGACUGGGGAUACCAAGGUUGUUGAAUACGACCGCCGUGCUGGCACGCAGGGGUUAGGGUAUAACCCCUCUGAGGCUGAUCCUAGGAAGACCCGCUCUGGCGAUUGGAUUGUUGGCGAGAAGAAGGCAUCAGAGAAUGGGAGUGCCAAGAAGAGAGAUAGAGACAGUAGAGAUAGGAUGGAUGAGAGGGAUUCAAGCGCCCGGAAGAAGAGAUCAGGUGAGCAAAGGUCUGAGAGGGAGGCCCAUGGAAAGGAGAGGAGUGCCCGGGAGAGCCGAGAAGGCACAAGUAACGGCACUGAUUCUCGUAGCAAGGUCCGGUGGUUACAGAGCCAUAUCAGGGUUCGUGUUGUUAGCGAAAAGUUGAGCAAGAGGCUGUACUUGAUGAAGGGUAAGGUUGUCGAUGUAGUGGGACCAACAACAUGUGAUGUUAUGAUGGAUGAUGGAUCUGAACUGGUGCAAGGGGUGGAGCAGGAUAUGCUUGAAACAGUACUUCCUCGGACGAACGGUCGAGUGCUUGUGCUCUAUGGGAAGCACAAGGGAAUGUAUGGGCACCUGGUGGAGAAGAAUUCCGAAGAGGAGAUUGGAUUGGUGGAAGAUGCAGAUACAAAAGAUAUAGUACGUGUUAGAUAUGACCAGAUGGCAGAAUAUACUGGAGAUCCGGAGCUGCUUGGCUACUGAUUAAUUUAUUUUUAGCGGAUAUUUGCUUACUCGGAGCUAUUCCAUUGUGUUAGCUAUUACAACUCAGUAACCCCUUUGCUGGAGCAGAGAAUGCCUGUCAAACUGUCUUUUGAUCCCUGCAAUGUAAGAUUAUUGACCAAAAUUUCAAACAAACAGCAGAAGCUUUCUUUAUGCAUUAGAGAUGACUUAUUUUUUACUUGCUACAUAUGACAUGAUCUUCAGGGUUCAAGAUCUAUGGGUAUGAGAAUGUGUUUUGUGGGCAUAAUUCAAAAUCGCUGAGGCUCUAUUAAAUUUUUAUUUCAUACAUUUUUCACUUUCCAUAUUGGAGAUUUAAUAUUCUUAAGCCAACAUCAAAGAUUCUCAAGACACAAAUUGUUCUUUGAUUAUUGUAUUAGUGAAAAUAAUCUGGAACUCUAAGCUAACUACUUUAUGCUAGUUGCUCGCUAAAUCUCUAUGUUUGGUUUGUUUCUGAAAGUAUAUGCUUUUUCCUUUCCACCUAUCUUUUUGUUCUUCCUAUGGAAUAUGUGCUAAAUCUGCAUGUUUGGUUUCUUUCUGAAAGUAUGCUUGUUUCUUUCCACCUAUCCUUUUUGUUCUUCCUAUGGAAUAUGUGCUAAAUCUGUAUGUUUGGUUUCUUUCUGAAAGUAUGCUUGUUUCUUUCCACCUAUCUUUUUGUUCUUCCUAUGGAAUAUGUACAGUUGAUGCUCCUAUCAUGCCUGCAGCUUAAGGUGAAAGGCGAAAAGGGAUGCAUCUCUAUAACUGAAUUCAAACAACAAUACCACAUCUAUGUAAACUCUCUAUAUCAUGCUUUCAUUCUAUGUUUUUUUUACAAAAGAUACCUUAUGAUAUCUUCUGUACGAUUUUUUUUUGUAUUAAGGAAAAGGAAACUUGGACAGGAAAGACCCUUACUAUCAAAUCUGAGCCUCGUGUUCUCUAUGGCAACUAUGGCUACUCUGUUUGGUAUUCUGUGUUUAUUGACUUAUUGAAGUGGAUUGUAUUUGUAUGUGAAAUGUGUUUGUCUGCUUUGCACAUUGAAAUUCAAGUCUAUGUUCCUCCA